UUGGAAAUGGACAUAUUUUCUGCUGCUAAGAAUGGACACUACGAUUUACUUCAAGAGCUAAUUAAUACUAAUCCUUCGUGUAUUAAAUAUCGAGAUAACAACGGCUUUACUGCUUUAAUGCACGCAUCUAAACAAGGCAAUGAAAAAAUUGCAAAACUUCUUAUUGAAAAGGGAGCUGAUAUCUACGAAAUGGAUAGUAAAGGCAUGACGGCCCUGAUGAUUUCAUGUGAAACGGGACAACAAGGAAUCGCAGAAAUGCUUUUCGAGCGUGUGAGUUCCAAAAAAGGCAUGAAUUUAGCACAUGAAAAUCCUCAAACAAACCUCAAAGAAUUUAUUAAUAAAACCAAUCAAGACGGCAUGACACCAUUAAUUCUGGCGUCUAGAGGAUGCCACGAGACUUAUGUACAUCUCCUCAUGGAUUAUAAGGCUGACGUCGAUCUGAAAGAUAACUAUGGCUAUACCGCCUUAAUGUAUGCGUGCCAAUAUGGAUACGACCUAAUCGCGAAGUCAUUAAUUAGAGGGCAAGCUGAUGUAAACGUGAAAACCGCGAAGGGAAAGACGUGUUUGAUGUUAGCAUCAGAAUGUGGACGGGAGAAUAUAGUUGAGCUGCUACUUAAAGAAAAAAAAUUAAUUGAUGAAAGAGACGACGAGGGCUCUACAGCUUUGAGUUUGGCUUUCAAGCACGGUCAUACAAAUAUCGUCCAACUUCUUCGUGAAAAUGGGGCUGGUGAAAAUGAGACAGAAAAGAAUUCCAGGUCGACUUAAAAGCACGCAUUUAUAUCUUCAAAGCAAUGAUGAAACUGUUAAUAUUUUUUUUCUCGAAGUGAUUAACAUUUUAUAUAACUCAUGUAUGUGGUGAAUAAGCGUAUAUUUUCGCAACCAAUCCAGCCCAAAUGAACAAAAAAUCUUGAAAGACGUUACACGAUGUUACAUGCGAUUUUUACAAAUGUGUUAUAUUAUAGCAAUAAAAGGUUUAAUUUUUCCUAAGAAUGUGCAAUGAAAGAUUAUUAUAAGCGGAAAGAAAGCGUGUUAAAAAUGUAUAGAUUUAUUAAACAAACUAAGUAAUUUAAACAAAAAUAAUAAAGACUUGUAUAAUUGUGAACUAAAAUAAUUUAUGAUUUCACAAAUGUUAAUUAAUUUGAUUUAAAAAUAAAAUGUGUAAUCUUUAUAUUUUAAGAUAAUGACUUACAUCAUUAUCAUUGUAUCGUGUGCUUUUUCUAAUAUAACAUUUGCAAGCAUUAUAUUAAUUUUAAGGUUUGAUUGGAUUGAUUUUUUUUAAAAAUAUUUUAAAGUGCUUUGUUAUUUUAACGUAUACUGGUAUAUUAAGAGCCAGUUUAAUUUAUUUUUAUCGCUACAAAUAAAUGAAUUAAACGUCUUUAAAGGUGAAACUGAAAGUUUUUGUUGUCAUAUGUAUCCAAAUAAAACCAAAUUUGAAAAUAA